AGGAAAGAGGCGGGCGGGAGCCGAGAGGCCGAGGCCGCUGAAAUGAAUGAUGAUGAUGAUGUUCCUCAGCUUUCAUCUGAAGCUUUAGCUGCUCUGCAGGAAUUCUAUGUUGAGCAACAGCAGAGAGAAGCUAAGACUACUGAUAAAACUCACAGUUACUCAGUCGGUUCUAUUGAAGAGAACUGGCAACUGAGCCAGUUUUGGUAUGAUCCUGAGACAGCAUUUUGUUUAGCUAAUGAGGCCAUAAGAGCAGCUGGGAAAGGUGGCAGGAUAGCUUGUGUCAGUGCCCCGAGUGUUUAUCAAAAACUGAAAGAGCAGGACAACCAGGAUUUUUCAACCUGCAUUUUGGAGUAUGACCAAAGAUUUUCUGUGUACGGAACUGAAUAUAUUUUCUAUGAUUACCACAGUCCUUUGAAACUUCCAACCCACCUUGGAGCACAUAGUUUUGAUAUUGUCUUAGCAGAUCCACCCUACCUUUCUGAAGAAUGUCUCAAAAAAAUAGCCGAAACCAUUAAAUACUUAACUAAAGGAAAGAUUCUGCUCUGUACAGGUUUAAUCAUGGAAGAAUAUGCUGUUAAAUAUCUUGGUGUGAAAAUGUGCAAGUUUGUUCCAAAACAUGCUCGAAAUUUAGCUAAUGAAUUUCGAUGCUAUGUGAAUUAUGACUCUGGACUGGAUUUGGAUUCAGGCUCUUGAUAACCCAAUAAACAUUAAUAGGAUUUUUCAAA